UGUUUUCUGUUCUUCAUUUUUUUUUUUUCCAUUUCUUUUUCAAACUUUUAUUUGGUCUUCUAUAGGCUGUACUGCUUGUUAUUGUGUUUCAAAGCCAAUUCAUUUACGUUCCACCAUUCAAAACGUUUCUUUCCAUUUCUUCAUUUUUGACCCUAAAGAAAAACUUCCUCCUUCUUCUUAAUCACUCUUCUUCUCUUCUGUUUUCAUGGCUUCGAUCUGAAAAUUUUUUUCCAACUCAUUUUUUUAUUUCUAGAGAAAGAAAGAAAAUUUCAUUAUAGUAUGAAGGAGAAAGCUGACACUGAUAAUCAAUCAUGGCAUCUUCCAAUUCUCAUUUUCUUCAUCUUAAUCACAGGUAGGAUUGUCGAGGGACAAGAAUUGUUGAGAGAUAAUACAGAAGUUUUGUUACAGUUGAAAUCAUUUUUAGAAGAACACAAUCCCAUUAAACGAGGAAAAUAUUCGUCUUGGAAUUUGGAGAGUUCACCCUGUUCUUGGGCUGGAAUAUCCUGUAAUCAGAACAAGUCCCAAGUCAUCGGAAUUGACCUUUCAAACGAAGAUAUUUCCGGCAAAAUUUUUCAUAAUUUCUCUGCCUUGUCUGAGUUGACGGACCUUGACCUCUCUAGAAACACUCUCUCCGGCGAAAUUCCCGGCGACUUGAACAACUGCAGAAAUCUCCGGAAACUGAAUUUGUCACACAACAUCAUCGACGACAAGUUGAACUUGUCAGGUUUGAUCAAUAUUGAGACUCUGGAUUUGUCGGUCAACCGAAUUUGGGGAGAAAUAAGGUUGAAUUUUCCAGGCAUUUGCCGGACUUUGAUGUUCUUUAAUGUUUCUGGUAAUAAUCUCACUGGUAGGACGGAUGACUGUUUUGAUGAGUGCUGGAAUUUGCAACAUGUGGAUUUAAGCUCCAACGAAUUCAGUGGAGGAUUGUGGAGUGGGUUGGCGAGGACUCGGUUUUUUUCGGCGUCGGAGAAUAAACUUUCUGGUGAAGUUUCGCCGGCGAUAUUUACAGGGGUUUGUAAUUUGGAGGUGUUGGACUUGUCAGAGAAUGCGCUUUUCGGCGGAGCUCCGGCGGAGGUUUCCAAUUGUGGGAAUUUAUCUUCUUUGAAUCUGUGGGGGAACCAAUUUUCUGGGAAGAUUCCGGCGGAAAUGGGAAGAAUUUCGGGUUUGCAGAAUUUGUAUCUAGGAAAGAACAAUUUUUCUCGGGAAAUUCCAGAAUCCCUUUUGAAUUUGAGCAAUUUGGUGUUUCUUGAUUUGAGCAAGAACCAUUUCGGAGGGGACAUUCAAGAGAUUUUCGGAAGGUUUACACAGGUGAGAUUUCUUGUUCUUCAUGGAAAUUUUUACACUGGAGGGAUUCAUUCUUCUGGGAUUCUUAAGUUGCCAAGAGUUGCUCGUUUGGAUUUGAGUUUCAACAACUUUUCAGGUCCAUUGCCUGUGGAAAUCUCUGAAAUGAAGAGCUUGGAGUUCUUGAUUCUUGCAUAUAAUCAGUUCAAUGGGAACAUUCCAUCAGAAUAUGGGAACUUGAAGAAUCUUCAAGCUCUUGACCUUUCAUUCAACAGAUUAAAUGGGUCGAUCCCAAGCAGCUUUGGGAACUUGACUUCACUCUUGUGGCUAAUGCUGGCAAACAACUCUUUGACAGGUGAAAUCCCCAGGGAGCUAGGAAGUUGUUCUAGCUUGUUGUGGUUGAACCUUGCCAACAAUAAGCUACAUGGGCGCAUUCCGUCUGAGCUAACGAACAUUGGAAAAAAUGCCACGGCGACAUUCGAAAUUAAUCGACGAACUGAAAAGUUCAUCGCUGGAUCAGGGGAAUGCUUGGCAAUGAAGAGAUGGAUUCCAGUAGACUACCCUCCUUUCAGCUUUGUCUACACAAUCCUUACAAGGAAGAGUUGUAGAAGCAUUUGGGAUAGAUUGUUGAAAGGGUAUGGCCUUUUCCCAUUUUGCAGCAAAAUAAGGACAUUGCAAAUCUCUGGUUAUGUUCAACUGACUGGGAAUCAGUUCAGUGGUGAGAUACCAAAUGAGAUUGGAAUGAUGAAAAACUUCAGUAUGUUGCAUUUGAGUUUCAACAAUUUCAGUGGGAAACUCCCUCCACAGUUGGGAUCUCUGCCAUUGGUUGUUCUAAACAUAUCGGACAACAAUUUUUCAGGCGAGAUCCCGAUGGAGAUUGGAGACCUUAAGUGCUUACAGAAUCUUGAUUUAUCGUACAACAAUUUCUCUGGCAUGUUCCCUCGAAGUUUUGUCAACUUGAAUGAGCUUAACAAGUUCAACAUCUCAUACAAUCCUCUCAUAACUGGGGAAGUAAUUCCAAGUGGGCAAUUCUCAACGUUCGACAAGGACGCGUAUCUCGGCAAUCCUCUUUUGCGCCUUCCUUCUUUCUUCAACACAACCCCACCUAAGUCAGCAGGCAACCCAAGAACGGCAGGAUCAUCAAAAAGGAAUUCAAGGCUAGUUGGAAUGUUGGCUUCUUUAUCCUUGAUCCUUGCUUUUUUGGUAUUUGGUACAUUUUCUCUUAUAGUUUUCUUAAUGGUGAGAAGCUCAGAUGAAUCACGAGGAUUUCUCUUGGAAGAUAUAAAGUAUAUAAAAGACUUUGGUUCAAGUUCUCAUAGCUCAUCCCCAUGGUUUUCAAAUACGGUUACGGUCAUUCGUCUCGAUAAAACGGUUUUUACACAUGCUGAUAUUCUAAAAGCCACUGGGAACUUUUCAGAGGAUAGGGUGAUUGGUAAAGGAGGAUAUGGAACAGUUUACAGAGGAAUGCUACCUGAUGGAAGGCAAGUGGCAGUGAAGAAGCUUCAAAGAGAAGGAGUUGAAGGUGAAAGAGAGUUCCAAGCUGAAAUGCAGAUUCUUACUGGCAAUGGCUUCAACUGGCCGCACCCAAACCUUGUUCAACUUUACGGAUGGUGUCUUGAUGGGUCGGAGAAAAUAUUGGUCUAUGAGUACAUGGAAGGAGGGAGCUUGGACGAUCUUAUAUUGGACAGACUCAGAUUAAACUGGCGGCGACGCAUUGAUCUUGCGAUCGAUGUGGCACGGGCAUUGGUUUUUCUACACCAUGAGUGUUUCCCCUCAGUUGUGCAUCGUGAUGUUAAGGCCAGUAAUGUUUUGCUCGACAAAGACGGACGAGGACGGGUGACAGACUUCGGCUUGGCUAGAAUUAUGGAUGUAGGAGACAGCCAUGUGAGUACCAUGGUGGCUGGAACCAUUGGUUAUGUAGCACCAGAAUAUGGACAAACAUGGAAAGCUACUACAAAGGGUGAUGUAUAUAGUUUUGGAGUUUUAGCCAUGGAACUUGCUACAGCAAGACGAGCACUUGACGGAGGGGAAGAGUGUCUAGUUGAAUGGGCCAAAAGGGUGAUGGGAAAUGGAAGACAUGGGUUGAGUAGAGCAGUAAUACCGGUUGCAGUUUUGGGAUCAGGCCUUGUCGAGGGGGCUGACGAGAUGUGCGAGCUGCUCAAGAUUGGGGUAAGGUGCACAAACGAAGCACCAUCAGCAAGACCGAAUAUGAAGGAAGUUCUAGCUAUGUUGAUCGACAUCAUAGGCUUAAGAGGGGGGGAUGAAUUCAAACACAUCUUCUCCCCUCCAUCCUUGUGAUCAAGAUUUUGAUUGAAGAAAUGUGCAUACAAUUAGGUUGUUAGAUAGUUUCAUAGACAUAAGAUACUUAUACCUACACAGUUUCAUUUAUUACCAUUCAUCUUGUAAACAAAAACAUUCAUCAUUCACAAAAUGUUGAGAAAAAAAAGCCUUUGUGUUUUAUUUUUUGAUUUUCUUAAUAGAAUAAUGAGUUCAUCUCCACUGAGAUGAGUGCAUAUGGCUCAAGUUGAUUCAAUAAAAUCCCUUUACUACAUCAGGAACGAAAA